GGGAUAGCAGUAAAAGCAAAGGAGGCAAGAAAAAGGGCUCAUCCUUUCAGACGGUGUCGGCCCUCCACCGGGAGAAUCUGAACAAGCUGAUGACCAACCUGAGGACCACCCACCCUCACUUUGUGCGCUGUAUUAUCCCCAAUGAGACAAAGUCUCCAGGGGUGAUGGAAAACCCCCUGGUCAUGCACCAGCUGCGCUGCAACGGCGUGCUGGAGGGCAUCCGCAUCUGCAGGAAGGGCUUCCCCAACCGCAUCCUCUACGGGGACUUCCGGCAGAGAGGUACUUCCUAUCCUCCUCAUGGGAAAACUGAGACAUGGAGAGUGAAUCAUGGCAAGUCACCCAGCCAGUGA